AUGAUUUGUAGAUAUGAAGAAAUGGCCAAAAGAUUGAAAACUCUUACCGGAAGUACCAAUAAGUGUGAGACGGAUGUCGUCGAAGAAGAAGCCGAUGAAAGUGGAGAUCAGUAUUGGGCCGAAAGGAUACUGGACUGGGGUUUCCAUAACAAUGGAGUUAUGAUGUAUUUGGUUAAAUGGGAGGGUUAUAGUGAUGAACAAAACUCAUGGGAAGUACAGAAAAAUGUCAAAGGAUGUGAUGAACUGUUGGCCGAUUUUACCAUUAAUAAUAUGAAUAGCAGACAUCCACCGAAGUGGUCAUUUGAAGAGUUUGACAAAAUAUUAAAAUGUUUGCUAAAUGUUUUGCAAACUGACGACAGAGCUGUCUUAAGAAAGCUAUCUAAGAGAACCAUUGAUUGCUUUGAGAUAAGAAAUCCGGAAGUAAUUAACGAAUUGAGAAAUUUAGUGAAAUCACAAAUUAAUAUACUUUUGGAACGAAAGAAAUGUUGUCAAUCAAGAAGUAAUUUGGAAAGAAAUAAGACAAGAGAUGUUACCCUAAAAGUUAUCCAAAGUUUAUAUAUAUUAAGAAACUUUGAUUCAAUCACUAAUUUCUUUGAAUUUGUUGAUUCAAGAAACGAAAUUUUACAGAAUCUUAUUGAAUGGGAGAUAAUGCAGAAUAAAGUGAUUGAAAAAGGAGGCGAAGGUCGACCUUUGCGUAUUGUCAACGAUGUUGAUCUAGAAAUACCACAACUUGACAGUUAUAUAACGGAUUAUAUUAUUGAUAAACAAUUUGGAAAUGAAAUCAACUUAGAAGAAGAAACACCAUUAGUUGGAUGUGAUUGUGUUGACUGCUAUAACUGUCGACACGAUUGUUGCACAGCUAUUGUCGGCUUUCCGAUGGUUUAUAACAAAGACGGUCUAAUGAAUACAACGAGAUUCAAGACAUUGAUAUAUGAGUGUAACUCGAAGUGUAAAUGUGAUGACAAGUGUUCCAACAGACAGAUCCAAAAGGGCCGACAGUUUGACUUAGAAAUAUUCCGUUCCGAUAGCAAGACCCGUGGGUGGGGGGUCAGGACAUUACAACUCAUACCAAAGGGUUCUUUCAUUACUCACUAUACUGGAGAAGUAAUAUCAAUAAUCGAAGCCGAGAAGAGACCGUCGACAUACCUGUUCGAUCUGAGCGCACACUUACAUCCCGAUGACGCCGAAUACACUUACGUUGUGGACGCCUCUCGAUAUGGAAAUAUUACACGUUUUGUCAACCAUUCGUGUGAACCUAAUUGUCGCAUAUUGUUUGCGUGGAUCAAGAGAUCUUCGGACCGUUUGUUACCAAUGAUUGUCUUAUUCUCAGAAAUUGAUAUCAAACCGUACGAAGAGUUAACUUAUGAUUAUUCUAUGGAUACGAGUGGCACCUGGAAUGGUGUCAACGCACCGAUUGAUAACACAAGUACUACUCGUGUCACCCGAAAGGUUAAGUCAUAUAAGAAGAUCAAGUGUGAGUGCGGCGCACAAAAGUGUACCAAUUUUUUGUACUCUUAG